GGCACUAUAGAAUAUUUCGUCAGGGUCACGCCGCAAAGCGUAAUUUUAGUAAAUUCUUGUAUGGAGGAUUUACGUUUGUCCUUCUGAAAUGCUCUGCGUUGUAAAAACGUGUUCCUGACAGUGUGCAAGCAUGCCGCACUUGGCUCUGGGUAGGCACGUAUACUUGAACGUUGCGGAUCUGUGGCAGCACUACAGCAGAAGUAGAAGCAGCCAUUCGCAAGAAAAAUCUGGGAACAGUCGCAGCUCUGGCGGUGAUAGUGGCACUAUUGCUGGUAGUGGCACCGGCAGCGGGAGUGGAACUGAUAGUUCACGUUCGGGAGUUGGAGACGCAUCAACGAUGGGUGAGACACAGUCGGCGCUGCCUGGAGAUGGCAACAUUACGUCGGCUCACAGCCCGACGAAGAAACAUCCGAUAACGAACGACUACAAACUAUCGAGGAAAGUUUUAGGUGUUGGAAUCAACGGCAAGGUGUUGAAGUGUACCUCGAAAGCAACCGGAAAACAGUUUGCGUUAAAGAUACUGAAGGAUUCAGCUAAGGCGCGGCGGGAGGUGGAGAUGCACUGGUGUGCGUCAAGCUGUCCACACGUAGUUCGUAUCUUCGACGUCUACGAGAAUGUUUACAGUGGCAACCGCUGCCUCCUCAUCAUUAUGGAACUCAUGGAGGGAGGAGAGCUGUUCAGCCGCAUCCAGCAGAGGGCCGACUGCGCAUUCACUGAGAGAGAGGCUGCAUCGAUUGUGAGACAGAUAGCAGAAGCCAUAUCAUACUUGCACAGAAUGAAGAUUGCACAUCGGGAUCUGAAGGUGUGGAAUGGAAUGGAAUUGAAGCCUGAGAACCUGCUAUACAGCAGCAAGCAGCCGUCUGCCGUGCUGAAACUGACCGACUUUGGGUUCGCGAAGGAAGUGAAGGCAGACUUCAAGUCGCUGCAGACGCCCUGCUAUACGCCCUACUACGCCGCUCCUGAGGUUCUUGGACCGGAGAAAUAUGACUUCUCGUGCGACCUGUGGUCGCUAGGUGUCAUCACCUACAUCCUACUGUGUGGAUACCCCCCAUUCUACAGCGCGCACGGGGCAGCGAUGUCACCCGGAAUGAAGAAGAAGAUACGGUCCGGUCAGUACGACUUUCCUGAUCCGGAGUGGAAACAAGUUUCGCCCCAGGCGAUAGAGUUGAUAAAGGGGCUUCUGAAGACAGACCCGGCCAAGCGACUGGACAUACAAGACGUCAUGCGACACAAGUGGAUAGCUGAGCACACACUUGUUCCUGCCACACCACUAGCAGCCCCGAAGGUGCUAAAGGAAGAGGCUGACAACUGGGAGGAAGUUCAGGAGGAGCUGACAUGCGCACUGCACGCGAUGCGCGUUGACCCGGACACAAAGCCGAUCAAGCCGAUCACGGAGUCGACGAACAAUGCUCUGCUGAACAAGCGGCUCAAGAAGCAGCAGCAGCAGCAGCAGCAGCAGAUGCCGCAACGUGACGUCACGACGACGACUAACUUGUCGUCGCUGCCACCCACGGGACGACCCAAGUAGCAAGCUGCAAGCAGAUGCACAACCCUGCGCGGGGGCGCCACUGCUACGACCGAUUCUCAGGAGUGGUGCCGCUACCGUGUGCCGAGUCGCCGGUUGUAAAUGACAGUGAAGUGCAGGGUGCGUGCACGUGUGAAGUGCGGAUGGAGGCUUGCUGGUGGGCUUGCAUGCGUGGGGCUACACAAUGUUUCUUGUGAUAAGUAGAAUUGUAUGUGCUCGUGUUUCUGUCAUGUUUCCAUGUAUGCUGACCACAGGCAUGUAGCUGAUCUUUAUGGGUGUGCCUGUGCGUGCGUGCGUGCAUCGUGUGUGUGUGUGUGUGUGCGUGCGUGCGUGCGUGCGUGUCUGUGUCUGUGUUCAUAUGUGUGUUUGUGUAAUAGAGAGAGACAGAUAGAAAUUCGUGGGUCAGAGAUAUGUGGCUGACAGAAGUGGGAGACAGAGCUGAGACAUGCCUGAACUAAUGGGUAAACGUUCCUCUAAUAUGACUGAAACCUUGACAAGGCUACCUUGAGACACAGCUGAGUCCUGGUGGAGAACAGAACAGCAGUAAAUAGGGAAGAGUGAAAAGCCUAGUGCCACAGUAUAGUGAUACCUGCUCAAAACAUUUCUCGUAUGCAGUCACUGGCAGCGACGUUACCAUGGUUACUGGAGCUGUCUUGUCAAAUAUAUUCUUUUACUAGAGUUCUGAUUUUGUUUAUCGUCCGUCAAUGGUGCAUGCAUCGUUGUGGUAUUAUCUGUUUCAUUUCAUAUUUUCCCAGUAGGUGGGGCUAGUACGCAGCCGUAAGUGAAAGUCGGGUAGGUUGCGGUGAUUUGUGAAGCGGUGAUUUAUGAAGCGUGAGUCUGGUUACGUGUUUUAACGGAGGAAUUUUGUUUGUGGCACUGAAAAUACCACUUUUAAGUAAAUGUGACGUAUGCACCUUGCGUCCUGUAUGCCUCGGGUAUCUGGGGCCCCAGUUGAUCUGCCAGAUGUCUAGCGGGUCAAUUGUGUGUUAACUUGUAAUAUGAUUAGAUGGUGUGGACCAAUUCGCCCAAUGUCGAGUAAAUGUUUGCGUGGUAAUAAUGAAUGCCUUAAUUUAGUAUAUCGUAUUAUUAUCAGAAAUGAAAUAAACAGUGUAUGUAUACAGCAAAAAUA